AAAUAGAUUCCCUUCUCACUAUGGUCAACCACAGCACUCCUGAAACAGAGUUUGUCCUGCACUGUGUGAUCGGUCCUGAGCAGAGAACCUACACCAUUGCUCUUCUUGUUUUAAUCUACCUGGUAUCUCUGAUAGGAAACCUGUUGGUCAUUCUGGUUAUUCAAAUGAAUCAUCGACUCCAUUCUCCUAUGUACAUCUUUAUCAGUACUUUGGCACUGAUUGACUUGGCUAACAGCACCACUCUUAUUCCAAAAAUGGUCGCUGACAUACAGUUUGAAGCCGCAGUGGUGCCCUAUGGAGCCUGCAUUCUACAAAUGUACAUCGUAUACAAUCUGGAGCAAAUGGAAUCUCUUCUUUUGGCAUUUAUGGCUCUGGACCGAUACGUUGCAGUUGUUUACCCAUUGAGAUAUAAUUCAAUUAUUACCAAAAAGAAUGUUUACAUUGUUGUUAUAGUUCUUCCUGUUUUUGCAUUUCUUGUCCACUCACCUUUUGUAGUUUUUGCUUCCGAACUUUCAUUUUGUCGUACCAACAUCCUGCCUUACUGUUUCUGUGAAUAUGCAACAAUGGUUCAAAUUUCAUGCAAUAACGAUCCCAAAUACCUCACUCUUCUAUCCAUGGUAGUCAUUGUCUUAGGGUUAUGUCCUUUGGUUCUGAUUUUUCUCUCAUAUACCAGAAUAGUUGUAGCAGCUCUAAAGAUUUCUUCUUCGGAUGGAAAGAGUAAAGUUUUCAGCACCUGCUUAACCCACUUACUGGUUGUCUGCCUUUUUUAUUUUCCUCUUUUGACUUCCUAUAUUCUGCCAGGAACAGGUGUAAAGCUGUCAGCCGAAACUUCCAAUACAAUGGUCAUUGUUGGAAAUGUUGUCCCUCCUAUGUUAAAUCCAGUAAUUUACAGCUUUAGAAACAAAGAAAUAAAAAAUAGCAUAUAUAAGAUUUUAAGGGGUAAACGAAUGGCUCCAGAAGCAACUGAGUAAAUAAAUAAGACAAGGACAUUGAAUAUUGUAUGUUACUCAAACACACAUAUAUUAAAUGUACAGAGCUAAUAUUUGAAGAAACUACCACUUUUUCAAGGCAUCUCAGUAUAUCAAAAAUAUAUCUAUAAAAAUAAAGUUUUAAUACUCUCAGACUGUCUUUUUAUUUUUUUUUAACUUUGUUUAAUGUUAUUUGUUCAUUUUGAGCAGUAGGGACCUCACUGACAGAUCACACCCUAUCUGUUUGUUUGCCUGUUCACUAAUUAGGCAAAAAUGGUGGAAUCAAUUUUCAUGAAAUUUUGCAUGCAAGUUUCCGUUGGUCCAACUUAAAAUACAGGCUGUAUAGAAUUUCAAAAAUCUAAUUGAGUGGGUUA